GAAUCGUACGCAAUGAGAAUUCCAAUCACAAAUUCUGUUAUUACAUAAUUCCCCUAAAUUCCGUUGCUUUAAAUCCAACUUUAUUCAGAAAACAAUUGCAGUAACACAAUUAUAGAAAGAUUCGUUACUCGAAUAAUGCCUUCCUUUUUUUCCUUUCUUCUGGUUUUUGUACACUCUUAUUUAACAUAAUAACAAGAACAACACGAAGAAGAAGAUGAAGAUUGUAGGAAUAGUAAUUUCUGGGCAAAGAAAAGAAAACUACUAUUUAAGGAAAGACGGAGUAUAGAUAAUAAAAUCCAAAUAAUACCUUGCUUUUUUGGUUUGUUUAACAUAAUUUAAAGAUAACUAUUUCAAGAAAUCAUCGCUUGUAAGUCUUAUUCUCUCUCUCCCCUCCCUUUAAUAUGCCCUUGCAUGCCAUUAAUCUUCUCCUUCCUUCUUCAUCAAUCAAUUUCAAAGGGAUUUGCUUAUGAGUUUGGGAGAUUGUUGAUGGAGAAGACAUUUUGGGUGUCAAGAUUACUUACUUGAUUAUUGUGAUUAUUGUGGAUUGAGAUUUAGUUGUGAAAGUACCUUGGUGUUGAACAAGUUUGGGAAAAACAUUUUCCUUGGAGAUUUCACUGGAUGUACAUAUGGACAUUUUGUCUGUUGAUUAAUGAACUAGCUAGUAUUUCCUAUCAAAGUAAAAAGUGUAAACAAGACAAGAAUUGUAGGUAUGGAGAAAAGUUUUUCAUUUGAUAGGAUGGAUGCAAAUGAUGGGUCAUUCCCUAGAAAAUUAGCUCAGUGUAGGAUUUGCCAUGAUGAAGAUGAAUCGUCGAACAUGGAAGCACCAUGUGCUUGUUGUGGUAGCUUGAAGUAUGCUCACCGUAGAUGUGUACAAAUGUGGUGCAAUCAAAAGGGUGACACUGUCUGUGAGAUUUGCUUGCAGCCAUAUAAGCCUGGAUAUACUGCGCCACCCCCUAGAUUGCCCUUUGCUGUCAUUCCCGUGCGUUUGAGGGAACCUUGGGAAUUUGCAACAAGUAAUCAAUAUAAUCAUCCAUCAAUAAUUGCUGCACAGAAUUUCUUCGAUCAUAGACUUGAUGACUAUACAGCUCCCACUGCAAGCAUAAUUUGUUGUCGGAUCAUUACAGUCAUAUUUAUGAUUUUGGUUGUUCUACGCCAUACUCUUCCAAUUGUAUAUAGUGGUGCUGGAGAAUACUCUUUUACCUUAUACACAUUAUUGAUGCUGAGGACCAUUGCUAUUCUUCUGCCGAUGUUUGUCAUGCUUAAAGCAUGCAGUAUUAUACGCCAUCAUCGGAGACACCGACAGACACCUGCAGCAUUUUCUCACGCUUCAUCAGAUGAAGAAAAUGAGCUAGCACAGCCACAGAUUUCAGCUCAUGUUAUCCGCAUUCAGUAAUUUUCAUGAUGAUCGUCAUCUGAAAGUGCAGACCCUCACUGGCAAUUUCUCAUUCAUCAUAACAUUCAUAAGCGCCUGACCAAUGUCAAAUCAAAUGAAUGAUAUUUGUCAAACCGAAUGCACAUAUUCUUGGAUAAAGCAUGAAUGGGGUUGUCAAAAGUGCUGUUGUGGUCUUGUGGAAGUCAUUGAGGAAAGAAGGAUGUCAUUUCUUCAGCAUAUGACUUCAUUAGAGGGAAAUUGUAUCUCGCGUUCAGCAAAUGUAAAUAGUAUUAUCUCAGUAUCUGUAUAUAAACUCAUUUAUAAGAAGCUCUUUAACCUCAGGCCUUUAAUGGUUAGGAAAAUCCAAAAAUCAGGUUGGAAAAGGUUCAACAUGCAAAGUACAAGCAGUCCAGCACAAA